AUGGCAGUCGUGCCAUCGUGGCAUGGAGGCUUGCCUCUCGCUGCACCUGCCUACACAGCUGCAAUCCGUACUUUGGGACGAAGAUUAUGCUGGCACGAGGCUCUGCAACUGCUGGCCUUCAUGCCAAGUGCAAGGUUGCAGCCACAUACCAUUCCACGCAAUUCCGCAGUAGAUGCAUGCGCGAGAUCUUACAGGUGGCAAGAGGCGCUUGAAAUUUGCCGUGGAUACAGCAACCUAUUCCUGGAGCAAGACAUUUUUGCCCACACUUCUGCCCUAAGUUCAUGCGGAAGGUCGACUUGUUGGUGGAAGGCCGUGCAAGUCCUGCACACAACGCGUGCAGCUGGAUUGCGCCCAACAGCAGCCACGAUUGCUGCACUGACUGCCGCCUUGGAUCGAGGCUCUGAAGUGGAAGCGGAAACCAGUUGCAAGAAAGGAGCAUCUUGCUGGACAAGAGCGCAAGAUGUCCUUAGGCGUGCUGUAGAGGAUCGAGGGGAACCUGGCUUGGAGUCGCUGAAUGCUGCCAUCAGCGGCAUCAGUCGCCGGAGCGUUUGGCGAGAAUCGUACAGCUUCCUGUACUUGCUGAGACGACAGAAGAUCUUGCCAGAUGAAGUCUCCCACAAUGCGGUUGCUUUUGGAGGACACAACUGGAGACUGGAGCACUUCUUGGUCUUGAGCUCUGGCGCCGUGAGACCCAAUGAGGUAAGCUUGGUAACGCUGAUGUCGGGGCUAUCGCAGGAGUGGUCAAGGGCGCUUCUUCUAAAGAGCAGCUUCUCAACUAUGGGCUUUACAAUUGGUGACGCUGCUCGGAAUUCGCUCCUGCUCUCCAUCAGCAACGGAAGCAAUUGGUCCCUGGCUCUUCGUCUUUGGAGUCGCUACAACUUCGAUGCAGUUGGGACCAGCUCCGCCAUGAGUGGCUUUGCGCAAAAUAGCCUGUGGAAAGCGGCUCUCACGCUGCUACAAGCAACACGUGAAAUGGAUCGGGAGGUGGACGAUUUCGUCCUCAGUUCCGCAAAUUCCUCGCUCUCCUUCACUGGCCAAUGGGAAUUUGCAUUUCAACUGCUGCUGGCUCCCGAAUUCAGUUUUUGCCAGAUGCGGCUGGAUCUGGAGGCAACAGCUUGUGGAGCCGCUUUCACAGCAGUCCAACGUGGUGGCAACUGGGUUGAGACUUUGGGCCUUUUGACGCGGCUUUCGCAGAUCUGGGCAAAGAUCUCUGUGGCAAGUUUCACUGCAAUAGCAGAUGCUUGUAGUGACAGAGGAAAGUGGCUGGAAGCUCUGCAGACCUUUGAGGUUCUAGCAACCUCGAAGGGCAAAAUGGAUACACUUUGUUUGGGGCCACUUCUGAGUGCAGUUGGUGGCGGCCGGCAAUGGCAAAUGGCUCCAGAAAUACUGUGGAAGGGUCGGGCAGCCAACUUUGUGAUGAACAAGAUAUUGCGACGAAUUGCCCUGGAUGUGACUGGACAGGACUUGCAGUGGAAGUGGGCCUUGCAUUUAUUGGAAGCACCUCUUGGAAGCAACACCGAGACUGACAGCGCUGCAAGGAAUGCAGCAGCGACAUUGCUUUGUUCCAGCAGCUGCUGGGCGGUUGCAUCCAAUUUAUUGAACGAGGCUGGUCAGUGGCCCAAAGUGAUGGAGUCUCAGCGUCCCAGACUCGAAGGUGCUGAGGAAGCCACAGGGACACAGCAGAGAAUCUUUCAGCGAGAUGAUAUUGCAGCCUGUGCAUUGCUUCUCACAGAGUGUGAGCAGAACGAGCUGGCCCUCCAAGAGGCUUGCUAG